AUGCCAGUAGAUAACAAGAAAGGUAAAACCCGAUCGAGCCCUUACAAGAAACCCAAGCCCAAGCCUGCGCAGGAUGGAGAACAAGCUGGACCAUCAAGACCUCGACCAACUCAUAAGAUCCCGACCGUCGAACAGAGGAGUGGAGAUGCUUUGCCGGGGACAAGUAAAUUGAAAGGUCAGAUAAGGCAGACCAAAAGAUUACUGGCCAAGGACACACUCGAACCCGGUUUAAGAGUCCAGACACAACGUCGUUUAGCGAGUCUGGAAGCUGAUCUGGCGAAUGCGACGAAGAGAGACGUGGAGAAGAAGAAUGGUGCGAAAUAUCAUAUGGUCAAAUUCUUCGAACGACAGAAAUUACUCCGCAUAAUCAAAAGACUCCAACGUAAACUGAAAGAAGCUGAAGAACCUAAAAGCGAUAAGAAAUUAAUCAAGUAUAAAGAAGAACUUGAAGAUGCUAGGGUCAUGAUGAAUUACGUGUUGAAUUUCCCGAAUACGGAAAAAUACAUAUCACUCUUUCCCCCUUCUUCCUCCUCCCAACCUGAAACAUCAACCAAAGAACCCAAAUUGACGAUACCGCCGUUACUUCGCCCCCCACCUACCUCUCAGCAAUUGGAAGGAGAGUAUGAUAAAUCGGCUAAAAGACGUUAUGAGAUAUUAUUGGAAAUUCGAGAAUUGAUGCAACAAGGUAAAUUAUCGGAGAACCCUGAAGAAGAAGUGAAGAGGGAGAAGAAGGAGAAAGUCUCGUUGGUGUCCACCGAAGAUAAGUUCACGAGUAAGAAUACGAAAGGUGGUGAGAAAGGAGAGGAUGAAGAGGAAGAUGAUUUCUUCGAGAACGAUGAUGAAGAAGAAGAAGAGUAA